AUGGUGUCACCCUGCCGUCCAGGUGUCGUCCAGACCACUGCCCUGCUGGACUAUGAGGCCUCCACCAGCCACAACCUGACGGUGCGGGCGCGGGACCCCUUCACUGGGGGCCACACGGACACCCACGUCACCGUCGCGGUCUCGGCAAGUGACGUGGACACGGGGCCGGGCGGUUCAGUGCGCUACUCGUGUGUCAUGGAGUGUGGCAGCUUUGAGGUGCGUGCCCUGGACGGUGCCGUCACACUCACCAAGGAGCUGGAUGCAGAGACUGAGGCUCAACACGUGCUGACUGUGCUGGCCACGGACUCAGGCAUACCCCAGCUCUCCUCCACCGCCACAGUGGUUAUUGACGUUGUGGACUUCAACGACAACCCUCCAGCGUGGCGCCAGGACAGCUACUCCUGCCGCGUGUCGGCCGAGGCCCAGCCCGGCCAUGUGGUCACCUCGGUGUCUGCCACUGACCCAGACGCUGGUCAGGUCACGCCGCUCAGUUAUGCCAUUCACUCGGGAGACCGAGACGCCAUCUUCAAAAUGGAUCAGCUGACUGGUGUGUUGACGGUGACGGCCCCACACAAGCUCAAGGACGUGGCCUCCCUCACCCUGAACCUGUCUGUGAGUGACGGGGUGCACGCGGCCUUCACCGGCCUGCACGUCUCGGGGCUGGCCUCCAACCACCACGCGCCGAGGUUUAAUCGCACUCUAUAUGAAGCUUACGUGGAGGAAAAUUCAUCUCCUGGCCAGCUAGUCAUCAACCUGGUGGCCACGGACCUUGAUGCCUGGGACCUGGGCAAGCUGCAGUACACCAUCCUGCACCAGACUUCAGAGGGAGCCUUCACCGUGGACAAAGAAGGCAACCUAUACAAUGAGACACCUCUGGAUCGCGAGUCCCUGCCUGUGCACAGCCUCAAGGUGUCUGUGAUGGACGAGGGGGGCCGGGCCAGCUUCACGGCGGUGCGUGUGACGGUCCGCGACAAGAACGACAACCCACCAGUCUUCACGUUGCCGGAGUAUCAGGCGAACAUCAACACUGACGUGGCUCCCAGGACAACCAUUCUCAAGGUCGAGGCCAUUGACGCAGAUGAAGGGGCAAACAGUGAAGUGAGGUACCGCAUGUAUGAAGCCAACAGUUCUGAGGCGCUGGAGCUCUUCUCGGUCAACCCCACCACCGGCGAGGUCACCGUGGCACAGACCAUCCACAGCCGAGAAAAUGAGGUGUACCAGUUUUUCAUCCGUGGCGAGGACAGCGGCUCCCCCCAGCACCACUCCGACGUGCCCGUCACCAUCUUCCUGCUGCCCCCUCAUGAGAACCCCCCGCACUGCGCCAGGAAGUAUGCACAGUUCUUCAUCAGGGAGGACGCCCCCAUCGGUGAGCACCCACAGCUAUCAGUAAUAUGACACACACACACACACACACACACACACAUAAAAAAAUAAGAUAAAAUUAAAAAGUCACUGGUAAAAUGCAUAUUAUUUAAGAAAAUACAAGGAAGGAAACAAUAUGCAGAUCACUUGGCACACACACACACACACACACACACACACAC